GUUCCUGCUCAUUUCUCCUCGCAAUUAUACAGUUUAUCGGCACGCCUCUGCCUCGAAACCUAACAGUCGAAUGUUUCUUUCUUCCGGACGGUCAUUUUUUGUGUUAUCGUGAUCCGUUUUUCGUCGAUUUCUCGAUCAUCGUGGAAUUAUUCCGCUAACUUUUGGGACGUUUUACCAUAGAUCAGGCAACCCUCUGGUGACUAUUGGCGGUUCACACAUGGUAUGGCCCAGUCCCACGAGGUUUUAGCAAUGAUGGACGCGCACACAACAACGUUCGGCCCUAAAAGAGGCUGCUCGAUCUCUCCUUGCGGCGCUUUCAUCUUAGGCGUUGCCUUCCUGAUAUCUUUGGUGGUGACCGGACUUUUAGUCUAUCAUCUGGCACCGUGUCUGGAGGAAAAGCUAGUUGAACCGUGCAAUGAGCUCAGCAAUUCGGUAUUCGAGUCACGCGGGAUAUUCUCUACGGACUCGUCCAACAAAAAGAAGGUGGACGUCCGAUUGCCGAGGUCCGUAAUACCGGACUCUUACGAGCUUAGAUUGAUACCGUUCAUACAAGAGGGAAACUUCACCUUUCACGGCGAGGUAAAAAUUCUGGUGAACGUCACCGAAGACACGAGGAACGUAUCGUUGCACGCGGUGGAUAUGAACAUCGAUGAAAGUUUCACGAAUAUCAGGGAACAUUUAGCGACUAGCAACAAAACGAACAAGGCAAUCGGAAUUGUAGAACAGAAGAACGACACUGAACGGCAGUUUUACGUGAUUAGAACGUCGGACACGUUGAAGGGGGGCAAGCAAUACGUAGUGCAUUUAAAGUAUGUUGGCCAUUUGAACGACUACUUACAGGGCUUCUACAGGAGUUCGUACGCUGUUGGCAAUCAGACGAGAUGGAUCGCGACGACGCAAUUCCAGCCAACAGAUGCACGACGUGCUUUUCCAUGCUUCGACGAGCCAGCACUGAAAGCCAGAUUCCAGAUCAGCAUCGCGCGGCCGAAGAACAUGACGUCCAUCUCGAACAUGCCUAGAAAGGGGGAGCCUAUGCCAGUGCCUGGUUUACCGUCGUACGUGUGGGACCAUUACGAACGUUCAGUACCCAUGUCUACAUACUUGGUGGCUUUCAUUGUUUCCGACUUCGAGAUGUUGAAAUCCGAAUCUGGAAACUUCAGAGUCUGGGCACGUCACGAGGCUAUCGAACAAUCGCGCUACACUUUGAAUAUUGGCCCGAGGAUACUCGAGUACUACGAGGAUUAUUUCAAAAUCAAGUUCCCUUUACCGAAAAUGGACACCGUCGCUUUACCUGACUUUUCUGCAGGAGCUAUGGAGAACUGGGGACUAAUUACUUGCAGGGAAACUGCUAUGCUGUACCAAGAAGGUGUUUCAACCAGUAGCAAUCAGCACCGAGUAGCCACUGUAAUUGCUCACGAACUUGCUCAUCAAUGGUUUGGAAACUUGGUAACUCCAAGUUGGUGGUCAGAUCUUUGGUUGAACGAAGGCUUUGCUAGUUAUGUAGAAUACAUCGGUAUGAAUGCAGUGGAACCAACGUGGAAGGUUCUUGAGCAAUUCGUUGUUCACGACCUGCAAAAUGUUUUUGGUUUGGACGCGUUAGAAUCUUCCCAUCCGAUAUCCAUCAAAGUCGGACAUCCUGAUGAAAUCAGUGAAAUUUUCGACGACAUUUCUUACGCAAAAGGUGCUUCUAUAAUAAGGAUGAUGGAUCAUUUCCUUACUACAAGUUCGUUCAAACAGGGUUUGACGAAUUAUUUGAAUGGAAAGGCGUAUCAGAGCGCGGAACAAAAUGAUCUAUGGGAUGCUUUGACGAAGCAAGCGCACAAGGAUAAAGUCCUCGACUCUGGGGUAACGGUAAAGGAAAUAAUGGACACUUGGACUCUGCAGACCGGUUUCCCAGUAGUCACAGUUACACGAAAUUAUAAAACUGGCGCGGUGAUGUUGAUGCAAGAGCGUUUCUCACUUCGUAACGGCACUAUAGUAACUACAUCCCAGUUCGAUCCACUGUGGUGGAUACCGAUCACGUAUACAUCUGCAAGUAAAUUAGAUUUUAACACAACUCAACCAUCUGAAUGGAUGUCAGCCGUGCAAUCUAUCACGCUGUCAAAUAUGAACCUAAAUCCUGCGGAAUGGGUGAUCUUUAAUAUUCAAGAAACUGGAUAUUACAGAGUCAACUACGACAAUACGAACUGGAGACUGAUAAUCAAGCAACUGCAGAAAGAUUCGUUUAGAGAUAUCUCAACGAUAAAUCGUGCUCAGUUAAUAGACGAUGCACUCAAUUUAGCUAGGGCUGGAAGACUAGAUUACGGCACUGCGUUGGAUGUCACGUCGUAUUUAGCACACGAGACUGAGUAUUUACCUUGGAAGGCUGCUUUGACUGCCAUGCAUUACCUAGACGACAUGCUGAUCGAUAUGCCGAACUACGACAAAUUCCGAAUAUACGUUUUGAAACUGCUGGACAACGUGUACAAACAGGUUGGCUUCAAGGAUAGUCCCGGGGAUCCUCAACUGACGGUUUUCACUCGAAUCGACGUGUUAACUUGGGCGUGUAACUUUGGCCACGAGGAUUGCGUGCAAAACGCUCUGAAGCAGUUUUAUAAUUGGCGCAACACGCCCAAUCCAAACCAAAAUAAUCCAAUUUCGCCAAAUUUGAAGUCGGUUGUCUACUGUACGGCUAUUCGAGUUGGUGGACAAGUUGAAUGGGACUUCGCUUGGCGAAGAUAUCUGGAGACCAAUGUUGGUUCUGAAAAGGAUUUACUUUUGCGCGCUCUCGGUUGCACCAGAGAAUUGUGGCUCCUUAGUCGUUACUUGGACUGGACGAUCACGGAAAAUUCGGGAAUCAGGAAGCAAGAUGGCAGUCGUGUCUUUAGCGCUGUUGCUAGAAACGAUAUUGGACAACCGUUGGCGUUUGACUUCUUUAGAAAUAAAUGGGCGCGACUUCGAAAAUAUUUUGGUUCAUCACUGUUAACUAUCAACAACAUUGUAAAAACAGCCACGAGAGGUAUUAACACCAAAUACGAGUUUAAAGACCUGGUAGAAUUUACCGAGGAGCAUAAAGAAGAAUUUGGAAGUGCUACAAGAACAGUGCAACAAGCGAUAGAACAAUCCGAAGCUAACCUUCGGUGGGUAGAGGCCAAUCAAGCAACAAUACACGAUUGGUUUAAAAGGAACAUCGUGUAA